CUUCUCUUUUUCUCACAAAGAUAAGUAAGAGAGAGAAUUUCUCAUUUCUCACAACAAGAACAAGGAGAUAACAACAAUGGCGACGCUUUCAUUGCUCUCAACUGGGGUUGGAGCAGCCAUAACCAACCGUACUCCUUCAGCUUCCCUCACUUUUAUCACUGGUUCAAGAACAACCAACAAAAGGGUGUCCUUUAACGGCGGUUCAGCUCGUUCCGGGUCACUCCAUUGCUCUUUCUUGGCUCCUUCAUCUUCUCUCUCCUCCAACUUCUCAGGAUUAUCCUUGGGAUUGGACUUAACAUCAAACACUGGAGUCAGUACUGAUAGAUGCCGCCGGUUUGUGGUGAGGGCUGGAAAGGCAGCUCUUUGUCUAACCAAGAGAAGCAGAUCUAGGAAGUCAUUGGCUCGGACACAUGGUUUUCGUCUGCGAAUGAGCACAACUAGUGGAAGAGCUCUGUUAAAGCGUAGACGUGCAAAGGGACGCAAAAUUCUCUGCACUAAGACAAAUCCAAGCAGCGGGAAACGAGCCAGUCCUUAAGUAUGAGUGUCUGGGAUGUAUAUUUUUUUUGACUGUAAACUUUAUGUUGAUGUCAAAGUAUUUCCUGUAAACUUGAUUUUAAUGUCAAAUUAUUUCCUGUAAA